UUACGUUAAUGACGUCACCGUAAUAUGUCAUUGAUUAACAAUGUCUACUGACUAACAGAACUGGACAAACGUUGCUAACGUUAAUCACACAACGUAUGGUGGACGCUAAUCAGCACUAGCCUGCUGUUAGCUUAUGCAGACAGUUGGUUAGUUUUUGAACUGUGAAUGUGCGCUAUAUAUCUCGAUAUAAUCAGAUUGAUUGAUUGAUCAGAAAAGCUAACAUGAGCUGUUUAUUUGAACCGUUUCUUUGAUGGCUUGUGUUUCUAAAGUUCCGUAACUUUAGUUAUUCCUCCUGGACGACGACAUCGACUGGGCGUUAGUGAGACUGAAGUCUAGCCUUAGCAAUGUUGAUCAUAGCCAAUUCCUAAAUAAAUGUCGGACACUUUUUUGUAUUUAAAAAAUCCUAACCCUUGUUCAUCACUCGCGUUUCUUUAAAAAGAUGAUUGUAAACGUGUGCCAAGGGAAUGCAUUAGAUUUCCAGCUGCUAACUUGGCUAACGUUUAAAGUACGAUAGUUAUCCGGAACAAAAUCUGCUUUCCUCAUAGCAGUUGCAUCACUGAAGGCAUAGUACAGUGAAGGGGAAAAUGUCCAGUAUAAGCCAGCACUAUGGUUUCCAGUCAGCCAGCAUGGUGCAGCCUGCCAAUGGCGGUCAUGCCUAUCUGUUUGGAAACAAUGGCUCAGAGAAUGACCUGUCAGAGGAGGACGGGGAGAGUAAUGAGCUGCGACCACGAGGCAGAGAGAGGCUGCGGAGAAGCACCUCCAGAGAGAGGAUGGACGAUAUUAUCUACCUGACCAGAGAUAUCCAGGAGGGGGAAACCCUGAUCAGCGUUUCCCUGCAGUACCAUUGCUCAGUGGCUGAUAUUAAGCGUGCCAACAAUCUCUUGACAGAGCAGGACUUCUUUGCCCUGCGGUCAGUCAAGAUUCCCGUGCGGCGCUUCAGUGUCCUUACGGAGACUCACAGCACCGGACCUCUUAAAUCUGCCUCCCCCUCAGGUGCCAGGCGCCUCCCCCCGAUCUCACCUGUGACCACCCUCCCCUUCGAGUCCUCCACAGACUCUUCCUCUUCCACCGACAAUGUGGAAGGAUUUCUCAUGGAGAAGGACAAGGACAUUGAGCGGCUGGUGAAAUCCACAGGUCCGUCUCGGAGCAGUCUGAAUGAGGUUGUGUCCUCCUUAACGCUACAGCAGCCGCUACUAGGAGAUGUGGAGUACAAACCCGUACAGAAAAAGGACCCGUACUAUGGGGCCGACUGGGGCAUGAGAUGGUGGACGGCUGUGGCCAUUAUGCUGGUUGUUGGCAUCGUCACACCUGUUUUUUAUCUGCUGUACUAUGAGGUUCUCGUUAAAGCGGACGUCAGCCAUCAUGGCAUUCCUACACAACCUCAUGGCAACGGACCUCAUGGACACCUCCCAGGCAACCAUUUAGACCACGCUUUUGAAGACAAUAAGGCAGGGGACGGACCCAGACACAAUGAGGGUAAUGUGGUUGAUGGAGAUCCACAGGGAAAUAUAAACAAAGCAGAUGACGGUCAACACAAAGGGCAUGAGAAAACAUAAAAGGGAUGAGAACUUUUCAAUUUUUUUGGGAACUCCGAGACCUAAAACUUGUGGAUGUUCCCAUUAAGUAGUUUUUUUUAAUAUACUAAAUCUACGCGAUCCAUCUGGCAAGUCACUUUGUAGUGGCGUUCAUUUAGAUAUGGUUGAGAAACUAGGAGUAAAGGUGCGCCCAAUGUCAUUCCUUGUCUUUCGGUUUUCAACUAACAAUGUUAUGAAAAUGUUAUGCUUUGCUGAACAUUUUCCAAUAGAUGGAUAUACCAGUUUUUAAGUUAUAUGCUGCCACAUUCUCAGCAGGUUGCACACAAACAAUUUCCAGGGAUUUGAAAAAAAACACUUACUGCAACACUAACCUACUGGAUAUGGCUUUUAUGAAGUUAUCAGUUUGGUGCAAAAUCUUUUGCCUUGUUAGUAAUUUUCUUGUGUGUAGGAUUGCUGCCACAGAGUUUAAUUUAUUUCAACAUUCAUUAAGAUACGUAUGCUAUCAGUAUUGAAAGGUACCAGUUGAAUGGUGUUUUUAAAGUGUUUUAAAUGGUUGCUCGAAUUUUUCUUGCCCUUCCCUAAAGAUACCUCGUCUUUUCUACUUUAUUUCAAAGCACGGUGAGGUAACGGUUAUGGGAAUAGCACAAUACUCCCACAACGACUCAUUUUUGGUAAUUAUGAGAUAUUAGACUUUGUCAUAUACUCCUUUUAUUUUAUUCCAGGUUCCACUUGUUACUUUACAAGAAAACAUUAUGUGUUGACAGUAUGUGCCUUUCAACCCGUGGAAUUGUGCCGCAGGCUGUAAAAUAAAUAAAUCUAUUUUGAAUAAAUUAUUGCCAGUUUGA